AUGUCAAGCUCUGCUGCCUCCACUUCAGAUGAAUUUAGGACAACUGGGAAAAAUGUUGCAGACCCUGGAACUGCCAUUAAUAGCCCCCACCACAGAGACGACCAUUUGGAGAAAGCUAAAAAAGACAUUGCCUAUUACUUGCCAACAGACAAGGUGGCCUUAGCUGUCAUUGACUGGGAAGAAUGGAAUCCCACCUGGGCAAGAAACUGGGCACCUAAAGAUAUUUACAGGAAUCGGUCUAUUGAGUUGGUUCAGCAACAAAAUGUAAGCCUUAAUGCCAAAGAUGCUGCCAAGGUAGCCAAAGAAGAGUUUGAAAAGGCAGGAAAGACUUUCAUGCAAGAGACUUUAAAACUGGGAAAAUUACUUCGACCAAAUCACUUAUGGGGUUAUUAUCCUUUUCCUGAUUGUCACAACUAUAAUUUUAAUAACCCCAAUUACAAUGGAACUUGCCAUGAUAUCGAAAAGAGUAGAAAUGAUGAUCUCGAAUGGCUGUGGAAGGAAAGCACUGCCCUUUUCCCAUCCAUCUAUUUCAACAGCAUCUCAUCUGUUCGAGGAGCUGCACUCUUUGUCCGUAACCGUGUUCAGGAAGCCAUUAGGGUUUCUAAAGUACGUGAUGCUAAAAAUCCAGUUCCGGUUUAUGUAUAUGCUCGCCCAGUUUAUACUGAUCUAACUACGAGGUAUCUUUCAGAGGUUGACCUCUUGAAUACAUUUGGUGAAACUAUUGCUCUGGGUGCCUCUGGAAUUAUAUUAUGGGAAGGCAUUAAUUUAAUGCGAACUAUGGUAAGUUGAAUUGAUAGGAAGUUUAAGGUGCCUUUAGAUCUGAGCCUCUUCUCUUUACUAGGAAGCCCCCAAAAAGAUGCCACAGGGCAAGAUGUUACAAUAUUUUAUGUAGAUCGACUUGGCUACUAUCCUCAUAUAGAUAUAACGACAGGCAAAAGUGUGCAUGGAGGAAUCCCCCAGAGUGGGUCAUUAAAAGACCAUUUGGAGAAAGCUAAAAAAGACAUUGCCUAUUACUUGCCAACAGACAAGGCGGGCUUAGCUAUCAUUGACUGGGAAGAAUGGAGGCCCACCUGGAUAAGAAACUGGGCACCUAAAGAUAUUUACAGGAAUCGGUCUAUUGAGUUGGUUCAGCAACAAAAUGUAAGCCUUAAUGCCAAAGAUGCUGCCACGGUAGCCAAAGAAGAGUUUGAAAAGGCAGGAAAGACUUUCAUGCAAGAGACUUUAAAACUGGGAAAAUUACUUCGACCAAAUCACUUAUGGGGUUAUUAUCUUUUUCCUGAUUGUUACAACCAUCAUUAUAAUAAACCCGGUUACAAUGGAAAUUGCCACGAUAUCGAAAAGAGUAGAAAUGACGAUCUCGAAUGGCUGUGGAAGGAAAGCACUGCCCUUUUCCCAUCCGUCUAUUUCAACAGCAUCUCAUCUGUUCGAGGAGCUGCACUCUUUGUCC